AUGAUUUCAAUGGAGAACAGAUCUGAAAUAAAUGAGUUCAUCCUCAUAGGAUUAACAGAUGCUCCAGAGCUUCAGGUUCCUCUCUUCAUCAUAUUCACCUUCAUCUACCUCAUUACCCUGGUAGGGAACUUGGGGAUAGUAGCUCUUAUCUCCUGGGAUUCUCACCUCCACACCCCCAUGUACUUUUUCCUCAGUAACCUCUCUCUGGUGGAUUUUGGCUACUCCUCAGCUGUUACUCCCAAGGUGAUGAUUGGGCUUCUCACACAUGACAAAGUCAUCUCCUAUAAUGGAUGUGCUACACAGUUGUUCUUUUUUCUGGCCUUUGUCACAACUGAAAGUUUCCUCUUGGCUUCCAUGUCCUAUGAUCGCCAUGCAGCUGUGUGCAAGCCCCUACAUUAUACCAUGACCAUGACUUCUACAGUAUGUGCAUUUCUGGCCAGUGGUGCUCACAUCUGUGGCUUUCUGGCCUCCUCCAUAGCCACAGGAAACACAUUUAGCCUUCCAUUUUGUAAAUCCAAUGUGGUCCAUCAAAUUUUUUGUGAUGUUUCUCCUCUCCUAGUACUCUCUUGCUCUGAUACUCACAUCAUUGAAUUGGUAUUCUUUAUCAUGGGGUCAUUCACUGCAUUUUUCCCAUUUCUUUUCAUCUUUGCUUCUUACUUAUUAAUCUUCAUCACCAUCCUGAAGAUCCAUUCUGCUGAAGGACGCCUGAAAGCCUUCUCCACCUGUGCUUCCCACCUUACAGCAGUGUCCAUAUUUUAUGGGACAAUCACCUUCAUGUACUUCCAACCCAGCUCAAACCAUUCAAUGGACACAGACAAAAUGGUGUCAGUGUUUUACACCACAGUCAUCCCCAUGUUGAACCCCCUUGUCUAUAGUUUGAGGAACAAAGAUGUCAAGAAUGCUUUAAGAAAAGCUGUGAGAAGACAACAACUUCAAUUAGGUGAUCAUUUUUCUUAG